UACUUCUGCUUUCCGUUUUCUCGCCUAUUCACCAAUGGCAGCUCCCCAAUCUCUCUCUCUCUCUCAAUAUAUAUAUACAUAUAUAUAUAUAUAUAAUGCAGACGUGAAACUCCCUGUUUCUGCUUUCUACUGUUAUUAGUUAUUUACAGCUCCCGAGAUAGAUCGAGGCGACGAAUAGGUUGUAAAUCAUGGCUGAUAUGGAUGACAUACUACCCAUCGUCUGCGACAAUGGAACUGGAAUGGUUAAGGCAGGAUUUGCAGGGGAUGAUGCUCCAAGGGCAGUCUUCCCCAGUGUAGUCGGGGUACCAAAAUACACCGGCGUGAUGGUCGGGAUGGGCCAAAAGGACGCCUACAUCGGCGACGAAGCUCAAUCGAAGAGAGGCAUGCUAGUGAUCAAAUAUCCAAUCCAACAUGGGAUUGUCACAAAUUGGGAUGACAUGGAGAAGAUUUGGCACCACACACUCUACAACGAGCUCCGCGUCGCCCCCGAAGAUCACCCCGUGUUGCUAACCGAAGCGCCCCUUAACCCGAAGGCCAACCGCGAGAAGAUGAUGCAGAUCAUGUUCGAAAACUUCAACGUCCCUGCCAUGUACGUAAACAUCCAGGCCGUGCUGUCGCUCUACGCCAGUGGCCGCACGACGGGGAUCGUUUUGGAUUCCGGCGACGGUGUCACCCACACCGUGCCAAUCUACGAGGGCUACGCGCUCCCUCACGCAAUCCGACGGUUGGAUUUAGCCGGCCGCGAUCUGACAGAGCAUCUCUCCACCAUUUUAAGGGAGAGUGGCCACAAUUUCACAACCGCAGCCGAGCGCGAAAUCGUGCGCGAUAUAAAGGAGAAGCUCGGUUACGUUGCAGUCGACUACGAGCAGGAGAUGGAGACUGCGGUGAGCUGCUCUGUUUUGGAGAAGAACUACGAGCUGCCCGACGGUCAGGUCAUUACGGUCGGGUCAGAAAGGUUCCGGUGCGCCGAGGUUCUGUUCCGGCCGGAGCUAAUAGGCAUGGAGUCUGGAGGGAUACAUGAAUGUGCAUACAGUUCCAUAAUGAAGAGUGAUGUUGAUAUCAGGAAGGAUCUGUAUGGCAAUGUUGUGUUGAGCGGCGGAUCGACGAUGUUCCCUGGCAUUGCCGAUCGGAUGGGGAAGGAGAUCGCGGCUCUGGCUCCGAGCAGCAUGAAAAUUAAGGUCGUGGCGCCGCCAGAACGGAAGUACAGCGUUUGGAUCGGGGGAUCGAUUUUGGCCUCUCUUAGUACCUUCCAACAGAUGUGGAUAACCAAAGGAGAAUAUGAAGAAUCCGGGCCUGCCAUUGUGCAUAGGAAAUGUUUCUAACACAAGUCCAAUAACGUGUAAUAGGCAAAAUCUGAAAAUAUCGAAAGUUAAAAGUCAUAAUUUUAUGAUCAUGAGUCUGAUCGCGAGUGUAUCUCUAUAUCUCCGGGCUUCGUUGCAGCUGGAGAGACCACAAAAGCAAAGCAUUCAAGAAAGAGUUUUUAUUUUUUAUUUUUAAAAUAUAUAUGUAUAUCAUUAUAUAUAUAUAUAUAUAUAUAUAUUUUUUUUGUGUGUGUUUGUGUUCUCUAUUUAAUUAUAUGUUUUUGUGUCACUGCCCUUCUUUUUGCAUAAAAACGGCUAUGGAGGCUGAGUGCAUUUAUUUGGA